UUAAACAUAUGUUCAAAACUUCCAAAAACACGUUGUAAAACGAUAAAUGUAAACAUUUUUUUAGUAAUUGCACGAGGAUUUUAAUUAAUUUCUUGUUUAGCCAUUGACAAAUAAAUGCAACUAUGUCUAGUUUAUGUGAGAAAAGUUUUGCGGUACAAUCAAAAUUCAGCAAUUUCUACGCCGGCGGAGAUGUAGCUUGGUCUGAUAAUGGUGAUUUAAUUUACUGCUUGAAUAAUACCGAAGUUUGUGCCGUAAGUGUUUCGACAGGUCAACUUGUGCGAGCAUAUGGUACUAAUGUAGAAACUGUUGAAAAUGACUUAACGGGCACCGGAAGUACUACCACCAAGGAUGGUGAAGAUUUAGAGGAUGAGAUUCCCUGUUUUGCACUGUCGCCCGAUAAUACACUACUAGUGACUGCGCAUCGUAGUGGAUUAUUGCGUUUAUGGUCGAUUGAGACCGGUAAAGUGGUGAAACUGUGGAAAUCACAGCAUAAAGGACCCGUAGUGAAAAUACAAUUCAGCACCUGUGGUAAGCUCAUUUGCUCUAGUGGCGCUGACUCUUCAUUGCGCAUAUGGGACUAUGUACAUAGCACCUGUGUAUGCGCAUUACGUGAAUUUAAUGGACCAGCAUUAGUAUUGGCAUUCCAUCCAGAUGCUAAGCGCACGGAAGUAUUUGCAGCAGGUGCAGAUAAUACAAUCUACUGCUGGAAUUAUGCGGAAAAACGUUUGAUACGUCAAAUGCGUGGUCAUCUCUCCCAAGUUACGGCUAUCACCUUUUUAGGUGGUGACAAUGGCUUUGAUUAUCUCGCGUCUGUAAGUCGAGAUAAAGUGUUAAUUGUCUGGCGUCUUGCCGAUGCUACACAGCAUAAAGUUAUACCUAUGUUUGAGGAACUUGAGGGUGUGACUAGCUUAAAUGUGAAUACUAACAAACAAGACGGUCUUCAUGUAGUUGUAGCAUGUGCAUCCGGAGCUUUGAAGCUUGUUGAUUGUAAAACAGCAAAGUUGACUACUUUAAGCGAAGACACCAGUCAGGAGCUACGUCAAUUGCUGCAUUCUAAACACACUGAACAAUUGGCGGUGGUAACUGUGGAACAAAACAUUCUAAUUUACAAAGCGUCUAACGACUGUGUGACCGCAAAUAAUUUGGAUUGCACCAAGCAAUUGAUUGGCUUUAAUGAUGAAAUACUAGAUAUUUGCUUUUUGGGUGAGAAUGAUCGUUUUCUAGCAGUCGCAUCGAAUAGUAAGAAUAUUAAAAUUUAUGACACGGAAGCAAACAUGAAUUGUAAAAUUGCGAGCGGUCAUAAAGAUACGGUUAUGACACUAACUGCAGCAGGUGGCACGAAUCUGUUGCUCUCUGCCGGUAAAGAUCUAAGCAUAUGCUUAUGGCGUGUGAAUCCAAGUACAUUUACAAUCAGCUGCGUGGCACGUAACAACAGCAGUCACACUUCAACAAUUGGCUGUCUAUCAUUCGGUUGUAACACAGCAGCAUUUUUCGCAUCCGUUUCACAAGAUGGAAGCUUGAAAGUUUGGAAUCUGAAGAAAAACAAAGAUACACCACAUACAUUCAACCUAAAAUAUUCGGCACUUUCGCACGACAAAGAAGUAAAUAGUGUUGCCUUUUCACCCAACAACAAAUUAGUAGCCACAGCGUCUCAAGAUAAAACUGCGAAAUUAUGGAGCGCAGAUAGUAACAGCUUGGUUGGCACUUUACGUGGACAUGCGCGUGGCGUUUGGUGUGUACGUUUCUCGCCGGUCGAUCAAGUUGUACUGACAACUUCCAGUGAUUGCACACUACGUCUCUGGUCGCUAACAACGCUAACAUGUAUCAAACGCUUCGAACAAGAGUGCACCGUCUUACGUGCCGAAUUCAUUGAUUACGGCAAAUACAUAGUGUCUGCAGCAUCCGAUGGUCUACUUAAAUUGUGGAGCAUCAAGUCAAAUGAAUGUGUGCAAACGCUGGACGCUCAUACAGAUCGCAUAUGGUCACUGGCAAUAUCCACGCGCAGCGCUAAAUGUUUCUACAGUGGCGGCGCCGACUCUAAGCUGAUACAGUGGCAAGAUGUAACCACCAUUUGUCGCAAUGAAGAAAUUGAAAAACGUGCCGAAUUGGCGCAACAGGAGCAAACGCUGCAAUCACUACUACAUCAGCGACAGAAUUUGAAAAAGGCAUUUAUGCUGGCACUCCGCCUGGGUAAACCAAAGACAACGUACAAUAUUAUAAGUGACUAUGUGUGUCAGCGUGACACUGAGCCAGUGCGCGAAUUGGUUAGAGCGCUGAACAGCGACCAGCGUGUGACACUCAUGGAGCAUACCAAAGCAUGGACGACCAAUUCGCGGCAUUGCAAAAUCGCCAAUCUUGUUCUACAUUAUUUGCUAAGCGAUUGUAUUGCAGCGCCUGCUGAGCAUGGUGUGCCUGGUAUGCGUAAUGUCGUAGAAGUGCUCACACCAUACUUGCAGCGGCAUCACAGGCGUGUCAAUGAGUUGACAAAGGAGUUGAUGUUUCUCGAGUUUAUCGUAAAUGGCAUUUAAUGAUAUAUUUAAUAUAAUAUAAUGUAUAAUUUUUUGUUUCCCUUAAUAAAAGUAAUGUCAUAAUAAA